GCGAGGAUCGCUCGGGGAAUUCUGACGGAGGCUGCCAAGCGCGAGCCUGCGGAGGGAGGUGACUGGCUGUUUCCGUUGUUGGCUUCUCCCGGCAGUUUGUUCUCAGGUUCCUUCAUAAAAUGAUUUGCCGUCUCCUGGAUUGCUCUUCCAAAACAGAAAAUGAGCUGCAUAUUGAAGACAAUGUCUGGAAGCUUCUACUUUGUAAUUGUGGGCCACCAUGAUAAUCCAGUUUUUGAAAUGGAAUUUUUGCCAGCUGGAAAAGCAGAAUCCAAAGAUGAUCACCGUCAUCUGAACCAGUUCAUAGCUCAUGCUGCUCUUGACCUCGUAGAUGAGAACAUGUGGCUAUCCAACAACAUGUACUUGAAAACUGUGGACAAGUUCAAUGAGUGGUUUGUUUCGGCGUUUGUUACUGCAGGUCAUAUGAGAUUUAUUAUGCUUCAUGAUAUAAGGCAAGAAGAUGGAAUAAAGAACUUCUUUACUGAUGUCUAUGACUUAUACAUAAAGUUUGCAAUGAAUCCAUUUUAUGAACCCAAUUCUCCUAUUCGAUCAAGCGCAUUUGACAGAAAAGUUCAGUUUCUUGGGAAGAAACACCUUUUAAGUUGAAUGCGGAAAAAACUGGAAAUAAACAAUGUCACUACAAUGGGGUAUUCUCAGGAAUGUGUAUGUUGUAAGUAACUUGACUGAAUUGCCUGGAAAAGUUUUACUUGUAGUCUAAAUUUAUCUAAACCUAAUGAAAUUCCUUGUAUUAUUUCAAAACAGUACAUUCAAUUUCUUAUGAUUAUCAACAGAUCAAUAUUUGCUCGUGAACAGUGUUACUUAUAAACUCUUUAGAACCUUGAAAAUAUCUUUAUUCUAAAAGUUAAGAAUGAGCUUUUGACUUUACUCAUUCAGGUAGCUUGAUCUUGAUGUCACAAUUCAAAACCAAAUGUCACUAUCAAGAUUUUGGUAGAUUUAAAACUAAAAGUUUCAGGGGCGCCUGGGUGGCACAGCGGUUGGGCGUCUGCCUUCGGCUCAGGGCGUGAUCCUGGCGUUAUGUAUGGGAUCAAGCCCCACAUCAGGCUCUUCUGCUGUGAGCCUGCUUCUUCCUCUCCCAUUCCCCCUGCUUGUGUUCCCUCUCUCACUGGCUGUCUCUAUCUCUGCCAAAUAAAUAAAUAAAAUCUUUAAAAAAUUAAAUAAAAUAAAACUAAAAGUUUCUGCAGUAGGGAAUGAAGUUGGUAGCAUGUACAUAGGCUUCUAUACAUCUAGAGAUAUUGUUAUAAACCAUGUACGCAGUAUACAUAGCACUCCCCAAGGAGCCGAAGCAAACAGCUUUUGCAGUACCAAAUGCCACAGGCCUGCCUCUGUCAAAGUGAUUCUACUAUAAAUCGAGAAUCCUGGAUCCACGUUUGUAAAAUGGGAGGCUGGGACCAAAGUGACAGGUUAUGUUCUUGUAUUGAUUGCCUUUCCCUCUGACAGUAAACUAAAGUAAGUGAACCUGUUCAUAGUUAUACUAGUAGAAAGUUGUAAUUCUGGAGUUGUAAACAAAGAAAAGUUUCUAUUACAUUAACAUUUGCAUUCUUAGCCUUUUUAGGCUGUACACCAAGGGGGUGGGGAGUGGUCUGUAACAAGUGGGAUCUUACUGUAAACUAGUAAAUGUCCAUUUAAAAACAAGUACUACAACCAGAUAUUUUCUGUGCUAAUUGUGAGCACUUAAUUUUGUUCCAUCGUUAAUAACUUGAGCAAGUAGUUCUAAGUUUGGUCUCAUACCCUUGUGUGCCAUCUAUUUAUUUGACUUCUUAAAUAAAGAUGUUUGUCCAAGAUUG